AUCAACACCCUAAAAUCUAAACCAUAGUCUAAACAAACAACAUCGCAUGAUAAAGAGAGACAUCACAAGCAUGCUUCACAUUACACUCUCUGCACCUUGUUUCAUUAAAUAAUCAUCAAACAAACGCAACAAGCGAUCUCAGAAGAAGAAAAAAAGCUUGAUUUCGAGUACCCAAUUGGAAAAAGAAUCGAACUUUGAAUCUGGGUAUCCAGCUUUUGAACACUUGGAUGGAGAAUGAUUCAGGGUCACCGCAGGGUCCGGUUACGUGCGGGUCGUGGAUUCGGAGGCCUGAGAAUGUCAAUCUAGCGGUUCUGGGAAGGUCCAGGCGUGGAGAUUCUUGUCCUUCUUUGCUUCAGAUUUUCUCAUUCGAUCCCAAUACCACUUCCUUGUCUACCUCCCCUCUGGCCACUUUUGUGUUAGAAGCAGAGGAAGGUGAUCCUAUUGCUAUUGCAGUGCAUCCUAGUGGGGAUGAUUUCCUGUGCUCUUUGAGCAAUGGUAGCUGCAAGUUGUUUGAGCUGUAUGGUCAUGACAAAAACAUGAAGCUCAUGGCCAAGGAACUGGCCCCUCUACAGGGUAUUGGUCCCCAGAAAUGUAUUACUUUUAGUGUUGAUGGAUCUAAAUUUGCUGCUGGGGCAUUGGAUGGACAUCUAAGAAUUAUGGAGUGGCCUAGCAUGCGCAUGAUCUUAGAUGAACCAAAAGCACACAAAUCUGUCCGGGAUAUGGAUUUUAGUCUAGACUCAGAAUUUCUGGCUUCAACUUCUACUGAUGGUUCUGCGAGAAUCUGGAAGAUUGAAGAUGGUGUUCCUUUGACUACUUUGUCUCGCAACUCGGAUGAAAAAAUUGAAUUAUGUCGCUUUUCCAAGGAUGGAACCAAACCAUUUUUAUUUGGCUCGGUUCAGAAAGGUGAUAAGUCUUUCACUGCAGUAUGGGACAUGAGCACAUGGAACAAAAUUGGACAUAAGAGGCUGCUUAGAAAGUCUGCUUCUGUAAUGUCCAUUAGCCACGAUGGGAAAUACCUUUCUAUGGGCAGUAAAGAUGGAGACAUAUGUGUAGUUGAAAUUAAAAAAAUGCAGAUACACCAUUAUAGCAAGAGACUACACCUCGGUACAAAUAUUGCAACACUUGAGUUCUGUCCUACUGAAAGGGUUGUACUUACUACAUCAAUAGAAUGGGGAGCUCAGGUCACUAAAUUGAAUGUACCUAAAGAUUGGAAAGAGUGGCAGAUCUAUGUGGUGCUUGUAGGACUAUUCAUAGCAUCAGCUAUUGUGUUCUACAUAUUCUUUGAAAACUCUGAUUCAUUCUGGAACUUUCCCAUGGGAAAAAACCAACCAGCAAGACCAAGGUUGAUAAGAGAUCCCAAUCCCCAUUCUUUUCAUGAUCAAAUUGACAUUGAAUUGUGAUGAUCAGUAGAUGUGACCACAUUGACAUUAUUGACCCUGUCCUCAAUGCUGUUGGAUUGGAAGCUGUCAAGUGGUAUCAACAUUCAUCUCAGGAUUACACACCUAGAUGUAGGCUGUUGACUGCAUUACAAGCAUUUACUUCCUUUUUCUUUUCUGGUGAAAAUUCCUAAAGGCCAUUAUUGAUAUGUAAUUUUAAUUAGAAAAAACUUUAGGAAUAAUCAAAUUGUUUCUUCAAGUUUACAUGUUGCACUUGAGGCUGCAUGGUAACUAUGAGCAUGUUUGUUUUCACGUUGAAAUAUUUUAGAAUUAAUUUUCUCUUCACGAAA